CACCGACGCCAUCCAGCAAGCAUGCUACGCUUCGCCAGACAUGCACUGAAAAAUUCUCGACCGGCAGCAUCUUCCCGCACUGCUUUCCAUCCACCUCAUACCUCAGUGGCCGCUGCUCGUUUCAACUCUACACAAACACCCCGAACACCGUCGGAGGGCAGCACGCUACUUUCAAAAUCCGACGAACACAAUAUAAAGGAAUGGGAGGAGGACGAAGCGGCCUGGGAAGAGGAGCCGCCCUACCCCGACCUCAUGCAGCGCGACCCGCUCAUCGACGAUAUAAACUUAACCGAAGUGUUCCCUGCGGGGCCUGACUCACCCCAUACGAACACCGUAAUUUGGCGAAAUGAGGACCCGCUGGGUGGGAAAUGGGAGGAGGAACCUCCCGAGGAAAAGAAGACAGACUCGCGCUUCGAGUUCCUGCAUACCUCCAGAUUCGAACGCUCCAAUUGGCACCAGUAUGUUCUCAUGCACCGCCGGGUUAGCCAGCAGACGGGCAAGGGCAAGAAGCACCGCAUGAGCUACCUUUACGUCGUUGGCGACGGCAACGGCCUCCUGGGCUGUGGCACGGCCACUGACGCAGAGCCGACGGUCGCGAUGGAAAAGGCCAUCGUACAAGCCUACAGGAACGUCGACUAUGUCGAUCGCAUGGAGAACCGCACGCUGUGGACCGAGAUGGAGUCCAAGCACGGAUCGACGAGAAUCAUUCUUCGGCCCCGCCCUGUCGGUUUCGGUCUGCGCUGCAACCCGUACAUCCACUAUAUUCUCAAAGCCGCAGGUGUCAAGGAUGCGAGCGCGAAGGUGUGGGGGAGCAGGACGCCGAUAAACGUCAUUAAGACCACUCUACGUAUGCUCUGGUCAGGCAAUGCUCCGUUGGCUAUGGGGAAUGGUAUUGGCGGACCGGCGCCGAGGUCGAUGAAGGGGCUGGGCAUGCGAGGCGCAGGAGACGUUGAGAGAGAGCGGGGUCGGAAGUUGGUCAGCCUGCGGACGUAGUCUUUCAUUCUUGCUUGUUGUUGUUAUAUUGGCACAUCUGCGUCGUUCUCCUUGCUCAACCACAGGCCUUCUCUCUACCAAACAAAUACUCUGCCAUGAAGAGACCUAAUAGGAAACCAUUCUGUUGUU